AUGAAGCACCUCGCAGCUUACCUUCUUCUCGGCCUUGGAGGCAACACCUCCCCCUCUGCCGCCGAUGUCAAGACCGUUCUCGAGUCUGUUGGCAUUGAGGCUGACGACGAGCGCCUCAACACCCUGAUCUCCGAGCUCAAGGGCAAGGACAUCCAGGAGCUCAUUGCUGAGGGCUCUGAGAAGCUCGCUUCCGUUCCCUCCGGCGGCGCUGGUGGUGCCGCCGCUGGUGGUGCUGCUGCCGCUGGCGGUGCCGCUGAGGAGGCCAAGGAGGAGGAGAAGGAAGAGGAGAAGGAGGAGUCCGACGAGGAUAUGGGCUUCGGUCUCUUCGACUAA